AUAAGAAAACAAGAACAAGAACAAGUAGAUAUGGUGGUGCAGCAACACUCAAACUGAAACUCAACUUGCCGCCUCUCUCACUGUCUCUCACUCUAACUGUGUUGUGAAAAUGGUGGUUGCACUAUUGAGCUGCACUUCCUCAUUCUCUGUGUUAUCCUCCACCGUUAAAUUACGCUACUCUCACAGACACAGACACAGACACAUACACAUACCCAUCAAUUCCAUCCAUUACAAUUCCAAUCCACAACGACUCUCCUCUUCCCCUAAAUCCAAUCGACAAAAGGAAGGUGUAGGACAGAAGAAGCAGCUGAGGCAAUUAAAAGAUGAAAGGCAUGGUAGAGGGAAUGUGGUGGAACCCCAACCAAAUUCUUAUAAUGAAUUCAUGUUCGACUCUGAGGAUCAGCAGGUUGAACCAAGUAAUUUACAAGACUCGGCUUUCCUUAAUGCUGUUGUGAAGGUCUACUGCACCCAUACCGCCCCGGAUUAUUCACUUCCUUGGCAAAAACAGAGACAAUACACAAGUACUGGAAGUGCAUUUAUGAUUGGAGGUAGGAAACUAUUAACCAAUGCACAUUGUGUGGAACAUUAUACACAGGUUAAAGUCAAGAGAAGAGGGGAUGAUUCAAAAUAUGUGGCUAAGGUUUUAGCCAGAGGUGUUGAUUGUGAUAUAGCUUUGCUUUCAGUAGAAAGUGAGGAGUUUUGGAUGGAUGUGGAACCUCUCAGAUUUGGACGUUUGCCACAUCUUCAGGAUUCUGUAACUGUUGUGGGAUAUCCUCUUGGAGGAGACACAAUUUCAGUGACAAAGGGAGUUGUAUCUCGUAUAGAGGUCACAUCAUAUGCUAAUGGAUCGUCUGAUUUGUUGGGCAUUCAAAUCGAUGCAGCAAUAAAUCCUGGUAAUAGUGGAGGCCCAGCGUUCAAUGACCAAGGGGAGUGCAUUGGUGUGGCAUUUCAGGUCUACAGAUCAGAAGAGGCUGAGAAUAUUGGAUAUGUGAUUCCUACAACAGUUGUAUCUCAUUUUCUGACUGACUAUGAAAAGAAUGGCAGGUAUACUGGUUUUCCUUGCCUUGGCAUACUUAUACAGAAGCUGGAGAAUCCUGCACUACGUGCAUGUUUGAAAGUACAGUCUAAUGAGGGUGUAUUGGUACGUAGAGUUGAACCAACUUCUGAUGCAAAUAAUGUAUUAAAGGAGGGUGAUGUGAUUGUCAGCUUUGAUGAUGUUCAUGUUGGUUGUGAAGGAACAGUCCCAUUCCGAUCAAAUGAGCGAAUUGCCUUUGACUUCCUUACUAGUCAAAAAUUUGCAGGUGAUACUGCAGAGCUUGGUAUAAUCAGAGAAGGGACAUUAAUGAAAGCUAAAAUUGUUUUAAAUGCACGGGUUCAUUUGGUUCCCUAUCACAUGGAUGAAGGUCAACCUUCCUAUCUAAUAAUUGCCGGUUUAGUGUUCACACCCCUCUCAGAACCAUUGAUUGUGGAGGAAUGUGAUGACUCUAUAGGGCUAAAAUUAUUGGCAAAGGCACGUUAUUCAUUGCCCAGGUUUAAAGGGGAACAGAUUGUAAUUCUUUCACAGGUCUUAGCAAAUGAAGUCAACAUAGGUUAUGAAGAUAUGAGCAAUCAGCAGGUUUUAAAAUUCAAUGGAACUCGAAUUAAAAACAUUCAUCACCUUGCACACCUCAUUGAUUCAUGCAAGGACAGGUAUCUGUGUUUUGAAUUUGAUGAUAGCUAUGUUGCUGUUUUGGAGAGAGAAGCUGUUGCUGCUGCUUCAUCCUCCAUUCUGAGAGACUAUAGUAUCCCAUCUGAAAGAUCUUCUGAUCUUUUGAAACCAUAUGUGGAUUCACUAGAGGGUGACCAACCAGCAGGCCAAGAACUUGGUGAUAUCCCAGUUUCAAAUUUUGAAAUUGGCAUUGAUGGAUUGCUCUGGGCAUAAUAAAUUUGCACCUUGAAGAUGUCAGUGGGAACUUUUAUCAUGGUGGCAAUAUUUCAAGCACGUUGUCACAAUUUUUGGCAGCAAAAAGUGCAGCAACAGUAUUAGGUAACCUUGAUGUGAACACAUGAAUGGUUUUAUGUUACCAUGUGGGCAUGCUGGAAGCGAUAAUUUUUUCUUCCUCUCUCUAUUUCUCUAUUAUUAAUUUGUUUUCAGAAAAGGAUAGGACUAUAGGAAAGUGAGUUCAUGAUUAUUUUUUCCAUGGUAGUGUUUUUUUUUUUUUUUGUCACUCUCCUUGAUUUGAUAAACCUGAAAUAUCUCUACAGGUUUGAUCUCUCAAUUUUUUACGUGCAUUCUGUAUUUUUAGGAAAAUAAUGCACAUAGGAGUGACUCUUAUAAGCCUUUUGAUGUAAUGUAAAAUUUUACAAUACAUUUCAAGAUGUUAUUAC